AUGAAGCUGCUCCUCCUGCUGGCAGUUGCUGCCAGCCAGAUGGAGCUCUCUGCCUCUCUGACUGAAUUUGUAUGGGUCACUCUGAAUGCUACUGGUGGAAACAUCAGCAUCAGCGACGUUCCCAUCACUUUCUAUGGAAAAACAUACACAUGGUUACACGUCAAGAUCGGCAAUAAGGUUGAAGUUUGUUUCAAAAAUGACCCAUCUGAGGACGACAUUGACUGUAUGGUGACCAACGAGGUGGCUUCAACCAAACUGAUGUACCGUGGCGCGAUAAUGCCGGGUUCAGAGAUGCCCAAUAUAGGGCCCAGCGCAGAGCCCUGCUCUGUUGAACUCUGUUCUCUGUCUGCAGUCCUCUCUAAUGACACUGCAUGUGGGCCCGAGGAGGUUUGCCAAGCGGACAACACGUGCUCUAUUCCUCCGGUGGUGUGCACGGUGACGGGCUCCACGGUGAUCGGUUUCCACGGAGCAGUGCACUCUGUCCAGGAUCGCUGUGCCUACAGUCUGAUGGAGCCUGAAGGCAGCGCCAGCUUCAACCUCAUGGCCGCUUUCAGGGAGCGCCGGCGUACAGAUGUUCCUCUUCUGGACCACCUGAUCCUGUCGCUGCCAGGUGUGACCAUGUAUCUGGAGCAAGGAGGAAGAGUUCGGGUUGGUGGUGAAGCCCUGGUGCUCAGCAGCACAGCUCAGCUGAUGCACGGCGUGGAGCUCUUCAAGGACCAGACUGGAGUCACUGCUAAGUUCCCGUCCUCCAAAAUGACUCUCUUUUUUGAUGGCAACAGCGCACAUGUGACAGGAGUUCCUGAAGCUGUAGAGGGUUUGUGUGGCAGCCCCUCCAACUCCAGCUGGACCACCACCCCGACUGCAGAGAAGUCCUCUCUCAGCCUCCCUGGCUGUGAGAUUCAAUACCAGGACUCAGUCGACAGCGCCAUCAACUGCAACCGCUCCACCGACCACUGUAAUCUCAUGAGGCAGCCUCCCUUCUCAGCCUGUCACGAGCACACCGACCCAGAGCCGUACAUCAGCGCCUGCACACACACUCUGUGCAGAUACCCGUCAGUGGAUGGGGUCGACUGCCACUUUUUGGAGGCUUACGCCAAGGCCUGCAACCUGGAAUUCAAAGUGACCCUGGAGGACUGGAGGUCAACUACUGGCUGCUCCCCCCCCCCUCUCUGUCAGCAGCCCUGCAGUGAUCAUGAGUUCUGUGGAGAGGAGCACGGUUCGACCCGCUGCUUCUGUCGGGCUCUGUUCGCCUCCAAGUACAAAGCCACCAAGUCUUUAGGCGAUCCCACGGUCUGCAGGCAGGACUCGGCCUCUGUGGUUCUGGCUGGAUGUCUGCUGGACGACAAAGGCAUCGACUUCUCCCGCUUACAGCUCAAAGACCCCAGCUGCAAGGGCCACAUGGACCCCCAGAGCCACCUGGUGACCUUCAGCUUCGACAGCAGCGCCCCCUGCGGGACGGAGGUCAUGAGAAACAACAGCCAGACCGUCUACAAGAACUCCAUCAUGUACUCAAACAGCUCAUCAGACGGAGUCAUCAUCCGCAGAGACCAGUUCCAGAUCGACUUCUCCUGCAAGUACACACAGCCAGAGGUCAGGAGUGUGUCCUUCAGGAUCCAAGACAGCUCUGUGGUGCAGCAGCUUGUAUCUGGAGUGUGGAACUACACUCUGACGAUGAGCUCCUUCAGCCACGCCGGCCUACUGCAGCCGGUCGGCCCGAACACGGAGAUCCUGCUGAACCAGACGGUCUGGCUGCAUGUGGAGGCGGUGGGGCUGGACGCCAACAUGGUCGCCAUGGUGACACACUCCUGCUGGGCAACCAAUCAGGCAUCACCUGACAGUAAUCUGCGAUAUGACCUCAUCAUCAACGGAUGUCCGAACCCUGCUGAUGAUACGGUGCAGAUGCAGGGAAACGGACAGGGAACGUCCAGCGUUUUCUCCUUCAACAUGUUCGAGUUCUCUGGAGGAAGCAGUGAAAUCUACCUGCACUGCAAACUGGAGCUGUGCCCCACACAGGGCCAGGCCUGCACUCCGAGCUGUGGGGGGGCAGCUCGCAGGAGGCGCAGAUCUGCUAAAUACGCUGAUGGGAACGCGGCCCUCAUCACUAUGGGAUGGAGAAACUGAAGAGCUUUGCAUGCUGAUUCCUGACGGUGGAAAUGAAGGUCUUGUUGCUGUGAAACUGAGCCGGCACAUUAUCUGAGAUUAUUCCUGAGGACUCCAGUUAUUCUGAGUUUUAACUUCUUUAUGAUGUGGGGGAAAUAA